GGCAGGGCCGGGGCACAUGAUGCGCGGCGGGCCGGGCCAGCCGCAGGACUCCUCGCCGGCCGUGCCUGCCCUGCUGCGCCUGCUUGGCCGCGCGUCCCUCGGGCUCGGCUGCUCCAGCUGUGCGGCCCCUCUCCGGCGGGCGUCCCGGUCCCCGGCGGGGCUCCUCCUCCUCCUCCUCGGCGGCCCUUCUUCCCCGCCGGCUGCCUGCCUCCCUCCCUCGCCGGCCAUGCCGGCCGGGCCGCCCCCGCCGCCGGCGACGCCGCUCUUGGCGUGGGAGCGGGUCCUGGUGCUGCUCUCGUGCGCCCUCUCGGCGCUGGGCGCCGGCCUCCUGGUGGCCACCCACGCCCUCUGGCCCGAGCUGCGCACCCGCGCCCGGCGGCUCCUGCUCUACCUCUCGCUGGCCGACCUCCUCUCGGCCGCCGCCUACUUCUACGGGGCGCUGCGGGACUUCGGCGGGCCCUCGUGGGACUGCGUGGCGCAGGGCGCCCUCUCCACCUUCGCCAACACCAGCUCCUUCUUCUGGACCGUCGCCCUCGCCCUCUACCUCUACCUCACCCUCGUCCGCGGCGGCGCUUCCGCCGCCGGGCCCGGCCUCCUCGGCCUCUUCCACGCGGUGAGCUGGGGAGUUCCCCUUGGCAUCACGGUGGCGGCUGUUGUCCUGAAGAAGAUCGGAUACGAUGCCUCCGACGUCUCUGUCGGCUGGUGUUGGAUUGACCUCAGGGCGGAGGAUCGGGUCCUUUGGAUGCUACUAGGAGGGAAGCUAUGGGAGAUCCUGGCCUACGUGAUUUUGCCCGUCUUCUACAUCCUUAUAAGGAAGCACAUCAAUCGAGCGCAUGCAGCACUCUCUGAAUACCGCCCCAUCUUGUCGAGCACCCCAGCUUUCCAGCCGAGAACCUCGAUAGCGGACAAGAAAUUAAUCCUGAUCCCCGUGAUCUUCAUCUUUCUCCGCAUCUGGAGCACCAUCCGAUUUGUGCUGACUCUCUGUGGCUCCCCUGCGGUUCAAAACCCACUGCUGGUGGUCCUUCACGGCGUUGGGAACACGUUCCAAGGAGGUGCCAACUGCAUUAUGUUUGUGCUUUGCACGAGGGUGGUCCGGAACAAGCUCUUCUCCUGCCUGUGCUGCCGGCGAGAUGACAGCUUGGAGCCUUCUCUUCCGGGGUCAGAGAGCCGCCGCCAGAUUCAUGCGGCAUUCCCCAAAGACUGGGACUCGCAAGAUAGCGAGUGGGACAGAGUGGAAUUCUCAAGUACCUGAGGCUCAGAAGCAUCCCCAUCUUAAAGAAGGACAUGGCGUUACCCCGUCGGGACUCCAGCUGCAGGUACCAGAAAUGUCAUGGCGUGCCCACAGUGGGAUCUAGCUACCUCCGAAGAACCAGCAACGCCUUGAGACCCUUCACAGACAGUAGCAAUGAUAUUGUGAGGAGACCUCUCUGGGAAUCCAGUUGGACAGCACGCUUCUUAUUUCUCAGGCUUCUUGGAAGAGGGCUAUCAUACCGGUUCCAGCUUCCAAUUUUAAUUAAAAGGGUUUGGGUUGUUUGCUAGGUUUUGUGGGUUUUUUUAAAAAGAAACUUGGGGUGCAGGAGUUAUAUUUUUGGGAAGGGCAUCUUAGGAGCAUACGGGAAUGCAGAAGUGUGAAUUUUUUUGAAGAUUUAUAAGGGAUUCAGUGGCUCCGAAAUGGCAUCGUUUUGAGAUUUUUAAAAAACAUGCAUUAACUAUUUUGUCUAAUGUCAUUGCUUUAUUCAGAAGAUUCUCUAACGAAGCUUUUUUGAAGUGGCGGACAGUGCUGUGGCUACAGGGCUGAAUGCAGUACGAAUUAAUGAAGUGGUAUAGCCCUCACGUUGUGGGCCUGUACCGCUUCAGGUAUUCACGUGGGAGAGGUGGUAUAUUGGAAAGGCAGUCCGGGUGUCUGUUCUGAGGUUUACCGUUAUAUCGUAUGUGUGUGAACAAAGUACCUUUCCGCAGAAAUGAGGAAAGAAUGCUGUGAAAACAUUAGAACUCUCCAACCCGUUUCUAAUAUUAUAAACUAUUUGUAUGCAUGUGUGUUUUUUUAAAAAUAUAUAUUUUCAAAAUCCGGACAA